ACUGAGUCACAGGCCAGGCCCGCUUUAAAAGUGCAGCUGCGUCCACCUCUGAGCUCAAAGAUGGAGUGCAGUGGGCUGCUUGUGGCGUUUGUGGUGCUCGCUUGCAGCGGCGCAUUCUGUGCGGUGGUGCAGUGGUCUGACCUGAAUGAGGCUCAGGACUAUUUGAAACGGUAUGGCUACCUCAACGAGCCCACUGAUCCACAGGACGCCGGAUACCUGGAGGAGGUCAUAGAAGCUCUCAGGGUGUUCCAACGGGUGAAUGAGCUGCCUACGAGUGGAGAGCUGGACGAGGCCACCCUGGAAGUGAUGAGGCAGCCUCGCUGUGGCUUGGAGGACCCUUUCAACAAGAAACAGCACAAAUACAGAGUGUUGGGUCGCUGGAAGAAGAAAAGUCUGACCUACCGCAUUUACGACUACACACCAGACAUGACAAAGGCUCAAGUGAAAACAGCUAUACAGGAGGCCUUCAAGUUCUGGAGCGACGUGACGGAUUUGACCUUUAGGGAGGUGGAUUAUGGAAGAGCUGACAUCAGGAUCUCCUUCCACAAGAGGGAUGGCUAUUGCAGAUUUCCGUUUGAUGGCCGAGGUCAAGUACUGGCCCACGCAGAAGCACCAGAAUCUGGAUUGGUCCACUUUGACGAAGAUGAGUUCUGGACGGAGGGGACGUACUAUGGCUCCAAUUUACGUAUCGUGGCGGCCCAUGAAAUUGGUCACGCUCUCGGCUUGGGUCACUCUCAGUUCAGAAGUGCCCUAAUGGCCGCCGUCUAUACCGGUUACCGACGCAAUUACAAGCUGCACUUUGAUGAUGUGAAAGGAAUCCAAGCACUGUAUGGCAAACUCACCCCUGACAGUUCGAGUACGACAACUUCAGAUGGUGUCGUCGUUCCAACUGAAGGCAGCAGUGACACGGAGAGUGUCCCUGACCCGUGCACGGCCACACUGGAUGCCAUCAUGCUUGGUCCUUGGAUGAAGACUUUUGCUUUCAGCGGGAAGUACUUGUGGACCAUCUCUGAUCUGGGUCACAACACACCCAUGAGGAUUGACAGACUGUGGAAGGAGCUCCCAGGCAACUUGGAUGCAGCAGUCCACUCGCCAAGGACCGAUAAGACAUACUUUCUGAAAGGCAAUCAAGUUUGGCGGUACAGCGGCUUUGUGCUGGACUAUGGUUACCCCAAGAAAGUGCAGCGGAUCCCUUCAAACAUUGAUGCUGCUUUGUACAACAAGAACAACAGGAAGCUGAUUUUCAUCAAGGGCUCAAAUUAUUGGCAGUGGGAUGAGCUCCAGUACAACAUAUUAAGUCCCAGGCCGCUAUUAAUGCUCUUUACUGGCGUGCCCUCCGGCCUGGAUGCUGCCUUCACCUGGACCAACGGCAGGAUGUAUAUUUUCAAGGGGGAUGACUACUGGCGCGUCAAUGAGAGGCUGACGGUGGACAGAGGAUACCCACUGAGUAAGAAAGAGCGCUGGAUGCUAUGCUAGGUGCCCGCCGAUAGAGGGCAGCAGAUACUAAAUAUUCUGCAUUUGGGACGGGACUGGCUUUCUUUUAUUUUAUUGUGUUUUUAUGGACUGUGAAAAUGAUUUUAGAUUUUGUAUGUCGGAAAGAUAUUAAAGUCAGGCCUUUUUUUUCUUUCUCGAACAUAUGUGUUGAAUUAUAAUUGAGUUUUGAUGCUUUGAAGAGGACGUAAUGUGAUGAUGGGAGCGUGUUAUGUCGACCAGAACUCUUGAUUCACAGUGCUUUCUUUGUGCACAUAUUCUCACUGGGCCGUCGGGAAACAGCACAAGCUGUGAUUGUAUAUUUUUGCACAAUUAAACACAAUACGAUGCCAGAAACAACAAGUAAAAGAAUCUGUCGUGAUGCAAAGACUCAAAGGACAGAAAGAAGAGAAGUAAUGAAAGGCUGUUUUGUUCCUGCCUUGUGUGAGCAACAAGAAAAAAAUCUUGGCUGCACACAGCAUGGCAGCUACGACCAACUCCAGAAUAGGAAAUCCUUCCAAUGACCUCUUUAUUGCCUGAGAAAGGUCUGGUUGCUAAGAGCCCAAAGAGGACAAAACAAUGGCACUCAUUGACCCAAUUAAGUAUCAAACACAUGGAUUUUAUUAUUCAUUUCUAUCAACACGUAUGUACAUAUUCAGGCAACACAUUGAAAUGUCCCUGCUAGAGUCAACAGGAUAAGAGCUACUAAAUUAAAAAACACACUUUUUCAAACCAUUAUCACUAUUGCGUAGUUGGUUGUAUGACAAAUAAAUUAUAACCUUUGACAAGCACACGUAGACUUCAACUUCACAUAAAA